GCAAAAAGCAAAAAGCAAAAAGCGAAAAGCCGAAAGCUAAAACAAAAAGUUGUUUGAUUGGUACACGCAUAAGUUCUAGAAUUUCUUCAUUUCUGCAUCUUCUCUUCUUCUGCGGUCCGUUGAAUCUUCAAUCUUCAAUCAUCAAUCUUCAAUCAUCAAUCAUCAAUCAUCAAUCCUCAAUCCUCAAUCCUCUACACAAUACACAAUACACAAUACAAUAUAUAACUUCUUAAUUCAAGUAAAAAAACAUCUUUCAAAAUGGGAGGAGGUAACGUAAGUUUGAUCUCCAGUUCUUUACCUUAUCCUUUUAUCUCUCCAAUUUCUUUUAUGCGGUCAAUCAAUCAAGGAGAAGGAGAGAUUCUCCACCUCGGGCGUCUCUCAACCCAGUUUUUCGACCACGAACUAUGAUCAUCGCAUUUAGAUAAUGUAGGCCUGACCUUUUUACAGGGCGCCAAAGCAGCUUCCAAGCGUGCACGAAAUCAAAAGGAUGCUGAGAAGGGUGUCGCAAAGUCGCAACUGAAGGUCAACGAGUCAGCGAAGGAUAUUCAGUGCGAGGUUUGCAAAACCACUUUCUUAAAAACGACUAGACUUCCUGCGUGAGUGCUCUCUUUCUUUUGCGAUACGUUUAUAUAUAUUUACGAUUUGGCAUAAUUGCCAAUCCGAAGAGAAGAUGCGCAUAUCUGGGAAUUGUGCGGACCGCGGGGAAAAUCCCGAAGGAAAGAAGAAAAGAAGGAAGGAAUUUUGAGAACCUGCAAUCAUUAUCUCCUUGAAAGAUACAAGCCGAAUCCAAAUUGAAUCGAAACUAAUAUUGAUAUCCCAACACCAGUCUCACCGAACAUGCCAUGAACAAGCACUCAAAAGGACCAGAGCUCUGCUUCCCCUCGUUUAUGGCCCAACAGACUGCGGCGCCUGCUAAGAAAUAGAUUCUCGAGACAUCUUUGUGCGACGCACCUUACGAUUUCGUACGACGCAAGUGACGAAGACACGAUAUUUUACGGUUGAAAAGAUGUGCCAGAUGAGAUUUUUGGCUUUUGGUGAUCAGAGAAUUUCAAUUUGCGAAGACGAGCGAGCGACUGGCGCAUGGGAGGGGAGAGAUACAACGGCGUUUUAACACAAGCUAGCAGACUAGCUACUUGAGUCAGAAGAAUCUGCUUCUUAUCUACAAAUGUGUGCCUUACUUCGUGAUAGGUAAGGAUCGGGACUAUCCUAAAAGCCCAGACCGCAGUCGAAUAAUGAGGGUCCUAAUUUCUCAGGAGAAUUCAUUUGG